AUGGACGAUGAAAAAAGCUUCAAUCUUCUCUCCCAAGAAGAAAUAUACUCCUUCACACCAAUACUUCCUCACCGUCACCGCCGCUCAUGGCGGAAAACUCCUCUCACCACUCGAGGCCUCUUUACCCUGCUCCUCAAACCUCUCCUCCCAUCCUUUAUCUUUACCUCUCCACCAGUACCCCUCCACUCAACAUCUUACCUCGACGGCCUCCGCGGCAUCGCCGCCCUCAUCGUGUACAUGGACCACUUCGUCCUAAACUGGUUCUACCCCCUCCGAAACGGCUACCUCUCCUCCCCCACCGACACAUCCAUCCUCCAACUCCCCAUCAUCCGCCUCCUCUUCGCCGGCCGCGCCUCCGUCGGCGUCUUCUUCGUCAUCUCCGGCUUCGUCCUCUCCCACAAACCCCUCUCCCAACUCCGCUCCGGCAACAGAUCCGCCGUCCUGCAAACCCUCUCCUCCUCCGUCUUCCGCCGCAGCAUGCGGCUCUUCCUCCCCAUCCUCUUUGGGACGUUCAUCUCUAUGAACCUCGCUUAUAACGGGUACUUCACCCCGGUCCCAUCGAGAGGCGAACUCAUACCGCCGAUUUUACCGAGCUAUAAGGCGCAGGUGAAGCAUUGGUGGUUCUAUUUUCUGGAGAUAGCGUUCCCGUUUUGGGAUCGGGGCGUGGAUCCGAAUAGAGCGUACGGAUCGCCGUAUAAUGGCCAUCUGUGGACGAUCCCGAUUGAGUUUUACGGAAGCAUGGUUGUGUUUCUCACGGUGGUGGCGGGGAGCGGGGCAAGGGGCGAGAAGACGAGGAUGGCUGGUACAAUGGGGCUCGCGGGCUGGAGUUUAAGGAGGGGACGUUGGGAUGUGUUUAGUUUCCUCGGAGGCAUGGUUUUGGCGGAGUGGAGUCUGAUUCGUGCUGGUGAGGGAGAGAGGGAGAGGUUACUUUCUCACCACGAAGACGCGGAUAUGAAUCUACAACCCAGAGUCAAGGUCUUGCUUAAAGUACUUAACGGCCUGCUGUUGCUCUUGGCGCUUUUCCUGCUCUCGUACGCAGGAGAGUCGCCUUCUCCGGGCUUUUAUCAUGCCUUCUUAAUUCCAUGCACUCCCGCGCUCUGGGAACCUAUUUUCCUGGGCCGCGAACACUACUGGUUAACUCUAGGCUCCCUCCUCCUGGUCUUCACCCUGACCAACUCACCCACCCUACAACGGCCCUUCACAACCUCUUUCGCGCAAUACCUCGGCCGGAUCUCAUAUUCACUCUACAUCAUCCACGGAAUGGUGCUGUUCACAAUAGGUACGUAUAUGCAGGAACGGUACACGGGCCAGGUGGGCGAGGAUAAGUGGGUGGAUAACGGCUUUGGGGAGCUGGUUGAGGCGGUUGUGCGGGUGGAGAAGGUGGGGUUUGAGCCGGGGAGUUGGGGGUUCGUGAGGGCGUGGGCGGCGGCCGGGAUUGUGUGUACGGUGGUUGUGUUCUGGGCGACGGAUUUGUUUUGGAGGGGUGUGGAUAGGGGGUGUGUUGCGGGGGCGAGGUGGGUUGAGGGGGUUUUUGUGGGGAGGGGGAGGAGUUGA